AGUAAUACUUCGAACGCUUGACGAUCUCCACAUGUGGGGAGAGUGCUGUGCCCGACGAUCGCAGCAGCAGCAAAUCAGCGUUUUCUUUUCGUGUGUGUUUUGAGCGAGAGAGUGGGAGAGAGAGGGACGUUUGGAUUGGUAGGCCGCCAGAGUGAGACUUAAAUAAUUUGCGGAUAGGACCAAAGGACCCAUCGAAGAUGUUACCCAGAGAUCUACGGCAUCUCUCGGGUCUGCUGGGCGCCGUUUUCAUCUUCGGCAGCCUUGUUUCCGUAACAUUGGCGGAUGGAAAGAUUUGCAAUACGACGCUAUGCGACUGCAAGGGCAUCAAGGGACGUAUGGGUGCUCAAGGACCCAUUGGAAGGGUUGGCUUGGAAGGUCCGGCCGGAGAUGAGGGACCAUUUGGACCAGCCGGCCCAAUCGGCGAGAAAGGAGAUGCCGGCGAGUAUGGCGAACAAGGCGAGAAGGGACAUCGUGGCGAUAUUGGAACCAGAGGUGAAGUGGGAUACCCUGGAAUUACGGGUCCCAGCGGCGAGCCGGGAACCCCAGGUCCCCGAGGAAUCGACGGCUGCGACGGAAGACCCGGCCAGCAGGGCAAAAUUGGAAUUCCUGGCGCGAACGGAGUUCGUGGUCCGAAGGGAAAGCCCGGUCAACAGGGUCCUCCCGGAGAAGCCGGCGAGGGUGGCAUCAAUUCCAAGGGCACCAAGGGCAACCGGGGCGAGUCCGGACUUCCUGGCCUAGGCGGUGCGCCCGGAUUCGAUGGGGAUCGCGGCAACAAGGGUGACACCGGAUUCGCCGGCCUCACAGGAGAGAAGGGAGACCCGGGCAAUCCGGGACCCAAGGGCGAAACUGGCGCCAUAUCGGAGCUGCCCUACUCCCUGGUAGGUCCACCUGGUCAGAAGGGUGAGAAGGGCGACACUCUGUCGUCGGCUGUGCAGAAGGACAAUGACGAUAUGAAGGGCGACAAGGGUUAUGUUGGACCCGUGGGCGAUCCGGGACCAGUUGGACCGACUGGUGAACAAGGUCCGGUCGGUCGUAAUGGUCUGCCGGGUGCCUUUGGCGAGCAGGGAACCACCGGAGAGCGAGGAAAGCCAGGAAAGGAUGGCCUAGCCGGCCCGGAUGGCGACAAGGGCGUGAAGGGUGCCCCCGGCUAUAGUGGACUGGAUGGAUGGGAUGGCAGCAAGGGAGAGCGCGGAGAGGACGGCUUCGACGGCAUGCCCGGUGUCCAGGGAAACGCCGGUCCACCGGGACGCUACGAUCCCAGUUUGAGUGAAUCGCUGCCGGGACCCAUGGGACCGCAGGGUGACAUCGGAGAGGUGGGCAACCGAGGUCCGCCCGGUCUGCCCGGCAAGCCGGGACGUCGUGGACCCAUCGGUCUGGCUGGUCAGUCAGGAGAUCCGGGACUGGACGGCAAUCGUGGUCCACCCGGACGCAGUGAACGCGGUGAUGCCGGUGACUAUGGACGACUGGGUCCGCUGGGACCUCAGGGACCCACCGGCGAAGCGGGUCUUCCCGGUCGCUAUGGACUACACGGUGAUGCUGGAUUGAAUCUGCUGGGGGCCAAGGGAGAGGCUGGUCUCAAUGGAGUGCCCGGCAAGGAUGGCUAUCGCGGCGAACGAGGCGAGGUCGGUCUGCCCGGUGACAAGGGUCUGCCCGGCGAGGGUUACAAUAUCGUUGGACCGCAGGGCUCCCAGGGACCGCCCGGUGUCCGCGGACGUCCCGGUGACGAUGGACGCAACGGAUUCUUCGGCCUGCCCGGUGACAAGGGAAUCCGAGGCGAUGACUGUCCCAUUUGCAGUGCUGGACCUCGAGGACCGCGUGGUCAAGAGGGUGACACCGGCUAUCCGGGUGCUCAUGGCAGCCGCGGCGAGCGAGGAUUGCUGGGACCACGAGGCGAGCGGGGAUUGCCCGGUAAGCCCGGAAGAGCUGGACAUCGUGGUCUGCCCGGUACUCCGGGUAUUCCCGGAGACCCGGGUAAAACUGGAGCUCCCGGUCGCAAGGGAGAGAUCCUCACCGUUGGCGCCCUCGUCAAGGGCGAGCAGGGUGACGACGGUGACGCCGGACGACGUGGCGAGCAGGGACUGGAGGGUGACAAGGGACUGGACGGAGCACCUGGCGCCCCCGGUGCCCGUGGAGAACCCGGACAGCGUGGUGACUACGGUGAUGCCGGCUUCGCAGGUCGCGAUGGUCUGCCUGGACGCGAUGGAAAGAAUGGCGCACCCGGAAUUAAUGCUUCCAAACCAAAGAUCUACUUGACCGGCGAGGCGGGCUUCAAUGGCCGCAAGGGACAGCGCGGUGACGACGGAGACACUGGCUUCAAGGGCGUCAAGGGUGAGCCCCAUCCGGGCGAGAUCAUCGACAACACCGGCGAUCGUGGCGAACUGGGAUAUCCUGGCCUGCCCGGUGACCAGGGAGCGCAGGGCGAACAAGGAGAUGACGGCCUCAAGGGUGAGCUCGGUGACCGCGGACCGGCGGGUGAAUCCUUUGCCGGACCCAUCGGUGCCAAGGGUUAUCCCGGACCCAUCGGUGAUUACGGACCCCAGGGAGCAGCAGGUCUGCCUGGUUUGGAUGGCCCCAUGGGCCUGGAUGGCAACCAAGGAUACAAGGGACAACGCGGUUUGCCGGGUCAGGCGGUGAUUCAGGGAGAAAUCGGAUUGACCGGACGUCCGGGAGUCAAGGGAUUGCCCGGUGAUGUCGGUGGACCAGGUCAGUACGGAUUCGCCGGUCGUCCAGGACCCAAGGGAGCGAAGGGCGAGAUGGGACCCUUCGGUGCUGAAGGACAAACCGGCCUGCCCGGCAACAAGGGUCAGCGUGGUGACUACCUAGUUGGCCCAGUUGGACCGCAGGGUGAACCCGGACGGAAUGGACGCACUGCACCGCACGGUCUGAAGGGCCAAAAGGGUGAGGUGGGCUUCCUGGGACAAAGUGGACAGCACGGCGCCAAGGGCAGCAUCGGAUACUCUGGUCGUCGUGGACUUCUCGGCAGUCCGGGUAUUCAAGGCUAUCCCGGCAGUCCCGGCAUCGGUGGACUUCCCGGCAUGACUGGCGAUCAGGGCGAUCAAGGCGAGAUCGGCUUCAAUGGACGGCAGGGUGACAUUGGUCCUCGUGGACCCAACGGCGAAUUCGGACCUAAAGGUCUCUCUGGAGACGAUGGACUAGAUGGCUAUCCCGGAGCCAACGGUUUUCCUGGACGCAAGGGUGAGCAAGGGGCUCCCGGAGUACCCGGUCGUCAGGGUCCCAAGGGCGUUGGUGCCUACAGUGGUAUCAAGGGUGACGACGGAGAAUCAGGUGUAACUGGACAAAUCGGUUACCGUGGACCCACCGGUCAGAAGGGUCAGCGUGGACCCACUGGCGAUUCGCUGGUGGCCUUCGACGGAGCUGCUGGCCGCAAGGGCGAGGUGGGCAAUCCCGGACUCAAUGGACUCGACGGGCGCUACGGACUGAAGGGCCAGCGUGGUGAUCGCGGUCUGGCCGGCGGAAAGGGUGCGCAAGGUGAGGUCGGAGCUCAGGGAUUGAGCGGCCUACCUGGACGCCGUGGAGCUAAUGGCCUGAAAGGCCCCAUCGGCCAGGUGGGACUCGACGGACCCCAAGGUGCCAAGGGUGAGCGCGGCGAGAUUGGCUACGAUGGACGUCCCGGUCUCGUUGGUGACCAGGGACCUCGUGGACUAGUUGGACUGCAAGGAGCUCAGGGUCAGCAGGGAGACGAAGGUGAAGCUGGCUUCCCAGGACGCAUCCUAAACGUGGAGGAUCGUCAAAUCUAUCGCGGAGAGCAGGGUGAACGCGGCUUCCAGGGCGAACGUGGCGCCCAGGGAGAACAAGGACAAAUUGGCUUUGUCGGAGCUCCUGGCGCCCAAGGUGAACGUGGUGACAUUGGCUUCGAAGGACAGCCGGGCUUCGAUGGAGCACCCGGAGUGAAGGGUUUCGCCGGAGAUCAAGGACCUCGCGGUGCCCCCGGCUUUACUGAACUGGCGCAGAAGGGCGACGAAGGUGAUGCUGGACUAGAUGGUCGCGUGGGUCGUCCAGGACGACCGGGCCAAAAGGGAGCACCAGGACAAUCGGGUGAGAAUGGUGCCCACGGUGCCAUCGGACAUCGUGGCCCCGCCAUCGUUGGACCACCGGGACCAGUUGGCGACGUGGGCUAUCCCGGUGCGCCUGGACACAAUGGACGACAUGGCCUGAUUGGCGAGAAGGGAGAGCAGGGCGAGAUCGGUCACCAGGGUGAGCGUGGUGAGUCUGGUUACGCCAUAGUUGGAAGGCAGGGAGAGAAGGGAGACGAAGGCUAUCAGGGCAACACUGGAAGGACCGGCGCCAAGGGUGAGCAAGGAUUCCCCGGACGUCCGGGACAAAGCGGAAGGGUAGGUCCCCAGGGACCUCGAGGACCCACUGGCGAUAUCGGCUGGAGUGGAAUCGAUGGCAUUGACGGAUUGGCCGGACCCAAGGGUCAACCGGGAGUGACACACCCCUACUCCGCCGUUCGUAAGGGAGAUCGCGGUGAGCCUGGACUCAAUGGAUUCCAGGGUCAACCCGGAGAUUUCGGCGAGCAGGGAUACCAAGGAUUGCAGGGACUGCGCGGUGCGACCGGUUAUCGUGGUGAGCAGGGCGAGGUCGGCUACACUGGAGCCGAUGGACCGCAGGGACAGCGUGGUGAUAAGGGUGAGCAAGGCUUCGCCGGAGCUCCUGGUCUGCGUGGUCAGCCCGGAGCACGAGGUGAGCCAGCGCCACCACCACCGCCGCCCAAGAGCCGCGGCUUCAUCUUCGCCCGUCACUCGCAAUCCGUUAAUGUGCCCCAGUGCCCGGCCGGCACGAAUCUGCUGUGGGAGGGCUACUCCCUGUCGGGCAACGUGGGCGCCAGCUUGGCGGUCGGCCAGGAUCUGGGUCAGUCCGGUUCCUGCCUGCAGAGGUUCACCACCAUGCCCUACAUGCUGUGCGAUUCGGUGAACGUGUGCCACUAUGCCCAGAACAACGACGACAGUCUGUGGCUGUCCACCGCCGAGCCCAUGAACGUGGCCAUGACUCCCAUUCGGGGCAGGGACCAGGAGAAGUACAUCUCGCGUUGCGCGGUGUGCGAGACCAAGACCAGGAUCAUCGCCCUGCACUCGCAGUCCAUGUCCAUACCGGAGUGCCCUAACGGUUGGGAGGAGAUGUGGAACGGCUUCAGUUACCUUAUGACCACCUUGGACAACGUUGGAGGCGUUGGACAGAACCUAGUCUCCCCGGGCUCCUGUCUGGAGGAGUUCCGCGCCCAGCCGGUGAUCGAAUGCCAUGGCAAUGGACACUGCAACUACUACGAUGCCAUCGCCUCCUUCUGGUUAACCGUAAUCGAGGAGAGCGAACAGUUCACUAUGCCCCGCCAGCAGACCCUGAAGGCGGAUCCGACCAGCAAGAUCAGCAGGUGCACUGUUUGCCGGCGUAGCGGUGGAUCCUUGAUUCCCAAUUCACGCCCCGACUUUAGGGCAAACUGGCCAUCUAACAGUGCUUCUGGAUCUGGCUACUCUUCCGGCAGCAAUCAGGCAGGAUCCAGCCGCUCGGGAGGUUCCAAUUCGGGAUAUAACUCAGGCUGGUCUUCCGGUUCCGCCGGAGGCUCGAAUCAGGGAUCUAACUCGGGCUGGUCUUCGGGUUCCAAUGGACGUACCGCUCCCGGUGCUAGCUGGUCUUCGGGAGGAUCCAUUCCAGGAUCUAGCUCAAGCUGGUCUAGCGGCUCCAAUGGACGUACCAAUCCUGAUAGUCGCUGGUCCUCAGGAGGAUCACUUCCGGGAUCUAGCUCAAGCUGGUCCACCGGCUCCAAUCCACGUUCGAGUACCGGAGCUAGCUGGUCUUCGGGAGGAUCCGUUCCGGGAUCUAACUCAGCCUGGUCUUCGGGUUCCAAUCCUGGCUGGUCUUCCUCCGGUUCCUCCAACAGGAACUCCGCUUCGAGGUACCCACCAUCGACGGCACAACGGCAGCCGUGGAGCACGGCCUCAUCCAACAAUCUGAACGGAAGGUACCAGCAGGGACCGCGCCCGAGCAACCUGCAGACCUACAACGAGUACGCUCGCUAUGGGGGCGAUACCCGCCAGUACAACCGACGCCCGCGAGAGGACACCACCGCCCCCUAGAUUGCAGAAUUCGCUAAUAAGUAGCAGUUAAAUGUAUGUCUUAAGUCUAUUACGAUCCAAACCUAAAACCCAACCGAAAGUUAAUCAACCAAAACCGAGAAGCAAACAUGCCAACCCACUGAACAGUGCCAUUUUCCGUGGAGAUGUAAUCUAAUUACGUGGACACACCGAAAGCUAAUAACAUAUAACACACAUGCCAAAAAUGAAAAAUUAAAUUAGGGGACGAGAAGAGUAACCACUGCCUGCACUGCAAAGAAAGUAAAUCUUUUGCCUCUGUUGGGAUUAUUGUAAACGUAACAAAACCAAAAACAAAACCCAGUUUUUUGAUAAAUAAAAUUUACAACACAUAAAACCAAUGCA